ACGCAUUUUCGUUUCUAUGGUAACAGUCUGUACGCAGCCUGCUUCUUGCGCAAAACGCAUUUUCUAUGAAAAGAGAAAGCGAGAAAAAAACACUGGAGUUUUUCGAUAAAGACCCCUUUUACAAAAUGCAUCAUGAAAAGGAAGACCUGGACGAUCUGCUUGCUCGCAAAGAGCGUGAAUGGAAGGAUCUUCAGAAAUGCAGAGUCAGAAUGCUGGAGACCGCUCUUCAAGAAGCAAAGCUGCAAGUUGGAGAGCAGCAGGAAAAAAUGGCACAACUAAAAGAAGACUUUAAAUAUAAUCUUAAGGUGCUGGAGGAAAGAGACAGAGAACUUGAACGCUAUGAUUUAAUGUUCAGCCAGCUGAAGAUGGUAGAAAGCACAAGACAGAAUGAAAUUAGUGACCUGAGAAUCCAGAUUGACAAACUUCAGAAUGCUGUUUCCAUGGAAACGAAAGCAAGGGAGGAACUGCAGCAGCAGUACCAGCAGAGAGUUAAAGAACAUCAGCUGACUCUCGAGAGGCUGGGCAGUAUGAAAGACAUGGAGAUUGAACAGCAUCGUGCUGAAUAUGAAAAGUUAAAGCAAGAGCUAGAGAGACGGAUUCUGGAAGUGGAAGGAGAUUUGCCAUUACAGAAACAGGAGAUGAUGACAGAAUUUGAUGCAGAAAUAAGGAGAAGAGAACACGAAUUUAGACUGCAGAUGGAUGGAAUGAGUAAUGCAGUCCUUUCUAGUGAGCUGAAGGUGAAAUUACUGACAAAAGAAUUGGAAAUCUUGAGAGAAUCAGGGGUAAGAGCUGCAGAGUCUUUGGAGAUUGCAGAAGCCAACAGGCAGGAGCUUGAGAAGGAGAUACAGCGCAAAGAGAGAGAAAAGCAGGACCUCACUGUUGUCAAGGAUUCCUGCAUCAAAGAACUAGGAGGUAAACUUCAUAUUCUUGAACAACGCUGGGAGAAGGAGAAAGAGACAUUCCAGAGAAAACAUCAAGAACUGGAUCGCCAUAACCGAGAAAAGGAUGCAGUGCUUAAUUCUGUGAAACAGGCACAUUCUGAGUGCACCCAAGAACUUGAAAACCAAAUAAAAGAAUUACAGAUCCACUGUGAGACUCUUGAAAUGGAGAAACGUAGACUAGAUUGGAACCACUCAGAAACGCUGAAAGAGAAAGAAGAAACCAUAAGCAAAUACAGAGAGCAGCUCUCCUUGGCAUCUGCAAGAGAAAGAAUUCUGGAACAGGCAAAAGUGCAAGCAGAGCUGGACUGGCAAAGUCGAUGUGAUGCUGCAGAAAGAACUCAGUAUGAAAAAUCAGAGCAGCUUAUUGAGCAACUGACUGUAGCGAGAGACCAGGUUGCAGCUGAUCUGAAAGAGAAGAUCCGAGAGGUACAAGAUUUGGAGACCUUGGUUCAGACACUUACCCUUGAAAGAGAUGAAGCAGUCAUGGUUCUUCAAACUCAUGGAAUCAUUCCUGAACGUGAUAAUGAGGUAUCAACAGCACGUCCAGUUCUCAGCAGUGACACAUUUGCUUCAAAUGAAAUUCGUAAACUCCAGCAACAGAAUACAAGUCUCCGUGCUGUUAUUGCUGAGAUGAGGAGAGAGAUGGAACAACUGAGUGAACAAAUUGGUACAACCCCAAAUAAAGAAAAGCAGAGCGACAGAAAAACUCAGGAUGUUAACAAACCUGCUACCACCCCAAGGAAGGAAGGACAGGGCAGCAGAAAACAAAUCGUAACAAAAGACAUGACCAAACCUGAUUCUGCUUCUGCCUGUGAGAGUCCUGAGUAUGUUCGAGAUCUGGAAAAUGAAGUAAAACAACUCAAAAUUAAAUGCAGGCAGUUAUCUGAAAAGCUGGAAGAUGCAUACAAGGCCACAAAGCAAAGAAGUUCUGAUCUGCCUGAAUUUCCUGUUUCUGCUGACAAUAUAUAUCUGCAAAACCACAUCAGGCUUCUGAAUGAAACCAUUGGUGCACUGCGUGCAGAAAAAGUUGCAAAUGCAGCUGCUAUGAAGAAACUAGAAGCCAGAGCUGCAUUCUUAGAUGGCAUGGUUACCAAGCUUUCAGAGCAGGUUCGAGCAAAGGAAAUAGAGAUGGAGAAGUUGAGGUACGAGUUAACCACUCAGCAGCAGCGCAGCAAUUUUGAGAUUUCUAGUCUGAAUGAGCGAAUUACUGGCUUGGAAUUACAGCUAGCUGAAGCACGGAAGGAGGUAGAUGAAUACUUUAAAGGGAAUUUGGAACAAAAUCUGGAGACUGUGGCACUUGGCAAUGAGGUUGCAGCACUGAAGCUAGGUUUGGCAAGUCGUCACGUUCCAGUGGUGGCGGAACAGAGUGAAACUGUGAAACAGCUUCAGGAAGAGGUUCUGCAUCUCCGGCAGCAGAUCCAAGAAGGAAGAACAGGGAUUAGACCUAGUACUGGGAAUGAAGCUACCCAGCAUCUUACUGCUACUGUACAAGUUCUGAAGCAGAAACUGAAAUCAGCAGUAAGACAUCUGUCACAGCUGAGCCAGGAGAAACAGCAGCUAAUUGAAAUGGGAAACCGUUUGCGAGCUGAAUUAAUAAAAGCAGGGCUAGAUGCCCUUCUAAAGAACGAUACAACUAAACAGAGUGUUGCUACCUUCCAGUCAUCUGUAGUGGGGGCUAAGCCACCAAAGGAAUUAGGCAUAGAGGCCCAAAGUCGAUUGUCAGAACUGGAACAUUUACAGUAUGAGCUGACAAAACAGGAAAUCCAGUAUGUACAGCGAGGAUUCUUCAAGGGCCGAUCAGUAUCAGUACAUUGUAGCUCGUCUGAGAGUGAGAAUGGGGGGAAGAUCAAAGAUACAAACCCUUGGGAAAUGGAUAAUGCAACACAAAAGGCAGUAGCAACAAAGGACUGGUCAAGAUCAGACAAUAAUCUUAUUGCCAGCAGCAAAAAGGAGAACAGACCUCCAGAUUUCAACCAGCCUCAAAAUGUCCCAGGAAUGCAGCCUGCUGAAGCAAAUGUAGAUAUCAGACCUCACUCUAGCCAAUCACAACCUCUAGCUUCAUCAUUUGGUGGCAACAGUUCCCUUCAGGAUAUCUGGGAAAUAUUAGACAGAGGGUCCAGUCCAUCAGUCUGCACACCAAGGAGCAGCUUACAAGCAGAAUUACUGAAAGCUGAUGGUUCAGAGAAAGAAAGCACAUCCCAGCAUCAUGGUGUUGAUGAUCACAGGCAGAGGGCACAGCAACACUUCAGUGUUCAGGGAAUAAGGACAGACCUCCUGGAGAAAGUGACACCCAGCAAACCUGUUGGCAAAACAACUUUAAAGUUGAGAAACACCACAAAAUCUGCAAAAAUACGCAACUACAACAUCCGUGACUAACCAAGUUUUAAACAGAAUAUUUCAGAUGGUUAUUUGAGAUUUUUAUUAUGUGUGCAUUUUUGUUUUGUAGUAAUUUUGCACCUUCUUAUUUAAAAUGACCAUUACUACAGUCAUCAUACAGCUAACAAAGUCCACAAAACAGUAAUGUUUAGAAGUCUGGUUCUACAUUUCUAAUAAAGCUUGUCUUUUCCACUA